AUAAACUCUGAUUUGCGUCUGCCCUAUACCAGGAAACGGCUCCACUCCGCUAGCUAAGUCACGGCCGCUGUCUAAUUUCGCACCAACAGUCACCAUAGAGUAUUACUUUCUAUAGUUGCUAGGGUCUUUUGCUGAGCAGAGGACGCUUGGUAAAGCUUGUACUCGUCGCUGGGCAUCCUGCUCAGACUGCUCCUGCCACAGCUCAUCCUAGCAGCCUUUUGGAGUGGCGCUGCAAACAUAAGAAAUGGGAAAUACAACCUCGCACAAGCACGAGGUUCCCGUAGGCUCAGAACAUGAGCACUACACCCGCCACGCGUCACCACCUCUCAGCCCGGGAUCGCCGCUGACGUACAGCCCGCAAAUACCCAUGGAGCCCAUAUCACGUGCCGAGGAUGUGGCAAAUCGCAAUGCUCCAGAAUUCCACGGGGUAGCCGGCUGGCCGGCACAACCAAAGCUUGUACCGGUCGUCAUCGUAUGGAGCCACGGGGGAAGCCAUGUGGAGGUGGAGGGCUCCUUCGACAACUGGACCACCCGACAGCCGCUGCAGCGCUCCGGAAAGGACUUCACCAUCAUCAAACUGCUGCCGCCGGGCGUGUACCAGUUCAAGUUCAUCGUGGAUGGCGAGUGGAAGUACGACCCCAACCAGCCGGCCAUGUUUGACGAGAUGCGGAACGUGAACAACGUGAUUGAGGUGCACGAGUAUGUGCCGGAGAACUUGGAGGGGGUGUCAGGGUUCGACCCACCUCCCUCGCCGCCCUCCAGCUACAACUGCCCCAACCCGGUGGCGGACGACUACGCCAAGGAGCCGCCCGUCAUGCCGCCGCACCUGCAGCUCACGCUGCUCAACGUGCCGCCCGCACUGGACGCGCAAGCAGCGCUGCCGCGGCCGCAACACGUCAUCCUCAACCACGUGUACUGCCAACGAGGCCAGGUCAUGUUAGUACGUCCGUCAUUACAUGCCGGUGUUAUUCUCGCCCUCGUGGAACCCCGGCGCAGAACAUCCAAGCGCUGGUGGUGGGUACGACGACGCGGUACAAGUCCAAGUACAUCACCACCGUCAUGUACAAGCCCAAGGGGCGGCGGCGCGUGCUCGACAGCGGCCUGCGGACCGACGGCUAACGGCUCGAGAGAGCCACCAUGGACGAGUGUGUGAUACGAGCUGUCGUGCCCUAUAAACCCGCUUAUGAUGGCUUGGAAGGCCCUCGGCAGUGUAAAAUGGCAGUGUAAAAAGGCAACUGCACGA